UGUGUCUGGAUCUGUGUUAACGAGUUAUGUUGAUUUUAAAAAUUUAAUAUUUCUAAAUUUUAAUUAGUUUAAAAAUACGUGUUCUUCUUAGAAGUAGAUACAGGUAGUUUGGGCUGUUUAUUUACUUUCUUUAUACAGUCAGUGAUAUUUGUAAUUAAUUCAUAGCAUCUUUGGCUUAUUAUUCAUAUAUUUUAGAAAAAAAAGAUGUUAAUUUGGUUCGAAUUUUAACGUUAUUGAUUGAUGAUAAUAGUUUAAAUGAUAAUAAUAGAUAACACUAAAAUGAAAAAGUUAUAAAAUCAUAUAGAUAUAUUUCCUGUAAUUUUUCGUAAACAAGAUAUGGAGUUAUCUAUUUCUCUAUAAAUAAAAGCUAACUUAUAGAGGAAUAUUCCAAGACCUGAAAACAAAAUUACAACUAUUUAAAGAAUAACCAGGAGUGAGUUUCCCACAAUAAUAAGGUGCGGCCUAAAGACCCUUUUUCUAAUAUUAUAAUUUUUCAUGAAAUCGAUAUACAGUUUGUGCAAUCGCUGUAUAAUAGUAAAAACUUAGUUUCUAUUAGCUCGAACUACGAAAACGUUUACUUUUAUUUAGAACCUUUGAUAUAUUUUGAUAAAAAAAAAGUGCUGUAAAUAUAUCCAAAGUGGUAAAUGUUACAUGUGGUAAUUCAAAGUGGUAAAUGUUACAUGUGUAAAUAAGUGUUGAAGAUGAAACUUUGGAUUGCUGAUUUGUUGAGAUCCGCAGCACCUCAAUUUGCUCCCGUUUUAUUUGGUACUAUUGGAGCUAUUUCCGAUGGCAUGCACUAUGGUUGGUCCGCCCCAUUCAUGCCGAUCCUCGAAAAAGAGGAUAGCCACAUCAAAAUAUCACACAGCGACGUCACCUGGUUAGAAUCCAUUUAUCUGAUUGGCGGUCUAGCGGGUCUUCCAGUUACUAUUUAUUGUGUGGACAGAUUGGGAAGAAAAUGGUCCAUUUUACUUGCUGCCAUUAUAUCGCUGAUAGCCUGGAUUCUCAUUGGAAUCGCCGACGACGUUAUUUAUUUGUAUAUAGCUAGAUUUAUGACGGGUUUAUCCGGUGACGUAGCUUUUGUUGCCGCUCCUAUGUACAUAGCCGAAAUAGCCGACAAGAAAAUAAGAGGAUUCCUUGCUGGUGUCAUUUACGUUAUGAUGUUGGUAGGAAUAUUAGUCGUUUACGCUAUUGCACCUUUCACGCCUUUCUAUACCUCAUCAAUCGUGGGAUCAGCUUUCGUCUUAAUUCAACUGAUCACCUUUCCAUUUAUGCCCGAUUCCCCAUACUACCUACUGUCCAAAGGCAAAGGCGAAAAAGCCAAGACACACUUAAAGAGGCUCAGAACGGGAGGAAACCUCGAAAAGGAAUUCGAAGAGAUAACGGUGGCAAUUAGAAGACAGAGAAGCGAAAGAGGACGUCCGCAAGAUCUCAUAAUCAACAAGGGCAAUCGUAAAGCUCUGAUCAUUAUGGUCGUAUUAAAUGCCGCCCAGCAUUUCAGUAGUAUCAGUGUGAUGCUGAUGAAUUUGCAUUCGAUUUUAAAAGAAGCAGAGUCCGAGUACGUUUCGUACGAGGUAGCUGGUAUUAUGUUCUCCGCCUUCAUGUUGAUAGCAGCGACCAUAGCCGAUUUUAUCUGUGACAAGUUCGGACGCAAGGGCCUCCUUAUAUCCUCCAGCUUAUUGAGCGGAAUCUCGUUAUUCGUAUUGGCGGGAUACUUUACAAUGAAAAAAUCGGGUCAGGACGUCGCUGGAAUUUCCUGGAUACCCAUCGCUGCAGUUAUGGUGUACGCCGCUGUUUUCAAAUUUGGACUGGGAAUUAUACCCAUAGUAAUGACAGCCGAACUGUUCCCGGCUAAAGUGAAAGCUAUGGGCAUGACAUUGGCUGAUUUCUCCUACCUAUUCUUCGGAUUACUGUCAGUAGAAAUGUACCAGAGAUUAAUAGACAUUUAUUAUCUGGAUCUGCCAUUCUACAUUUUCGCUUCAACGACAGUUUUGACGGCAAUAUUUUCGUGGCUCUACAUUCCAGAAACUAAAGGCAAGACAUUGGACGAAAUUCAGUUUAUUUUGAAAGGAGAACCGAUUCCCGAACGGAAGAUUAGUGGACAGCAGCUUGAAAAUGGAGGCAACGAUGGAGAUAUUAAACUGACUGAAGUUAAUCUUACCGAUAAAGUGUAAUAUUUGAAAUUACUGCUUUUUAUGAUUUUUUUCCAUAAUUUCUGUUGUUGAUGUACACAUUAAAUGAGUCUUUAUACAACUCAUUUAGUUUUACCCUUAAAUUUAAAAUCUCAUUUUAUUUGGUACAUAUCUCAAAAAAUUAGUACAUCUUUCUUAGGAAUUUUAUCCUAAUAAAAAUCUAUAGAAUUUAAUUUUAUUGAGCUAAUUUUUACUUUAUUGAAAUAAAGUAUCAAAGAUUGUUGUUUCGUUAUAAAUCAAAGUGUAGACUUAACCAUAUGUUUAAUACGAUUGCUAUAAUCUAUAGUACUUAAUUUUUUAAGUGCCUAUAUUAAUACAAUAUUAUUAAUUACUUUUGGUCGAAUUGUUAGUUUUAUAACAUGAUCUUCUACCACUAGAGUAUAUUAUAUGGACCUGCCUUUAGAUAGCAAAUUAUAUUAUAAUGUUUCCUCCGUACAAUUUUCUAUAAUAUUAGAAUAAAAUUUAUAGAAAAUUGUUACGGCUUCAAGUAUGUUCCAAUGUGCAGUAUGAUCAAAAAAAAUCACCGUCAAGCUGGCUUGGAAAUGACGAUCGAUGACAUUUCAUAUAAUUUUAAAUAUGUAUAAAAUAACAGCAAUCUUCAUUUCCAAGCGAACUCUGACGCCUUUUUUUAAUCUUAUGGUAUUUGACUCUCAUUAAAUAUUAUUCUGUUAUAUAAUAUUGUUUAUUAUCAUAAAUGUAAUUUUAAAGUAGUAAAAAAAGAAUUGAAAUUGCCUUAUUAGUUUCUGUGUUAUUAGAGUAUAAUAUUCUUCAAACGUGUUUUACAACAAUAUCUUAGUAAAAUAUAAGUUUACUUGUAUAAACGACACAAUGUGAUAGAUACAUUACGAAAUGCAAUUAUUGUUAAAACUGAUAUAAAUAUGUCAAAUUAGAGAAAGUGUAGAGUCUACAUUUAAUAAAAAUGAUAAAACAGU